ACGCGUGCUUCGUGUUUACAUGGGUCUGGAGAGGAGCUGUCCGAUCUCUUGAGAUGUGUGCAUCAUCUUCAGAAAAGGAUCUUUAUGGAGUGUUAGGAGCCAGUCCAUCAGAGUCCACAGAGGAGUUAAGACGUAGAUAUCAACAUUUGGUCCUGAAGUGCCAUCCCGAUCGUCUCAGCGGACAUGAGACCGAGGUGGGGUUGAAGAGGUUUCUUGAAGUUGAUGCUGCCUGGAAAAUUUUGAGUGAUAAAAACAAAAGAAGAGAUUAUGAUCUGCAAAGGAGAGCGCGUGACUUAAAACAGGACUGGCCUGUGGAUUCAACCGUUUUUCUGGAGGACAUGGCAUGGAAUAAUGAUGAGCGCUUGUACACACAUUGCUGUCGCUGUGGAGGGGCGUUCAUCAUCGACGAGGAGGAGGUUCAGGAGGAAACUCUGAGAUCAUCAUCACAAGAAGAAGCGGAGACGGCGGGAGGACAGAGCAGAGGAGUGAUCGUGUGCUGUGAUACAUGCUCUUUAAGUGUCUAUGUCACAUGGACAAACCCACCUCAGAGCUGACAGGAGCUUUUUUCACUUAGUGUCCUACAAUUAUGGUUUAUAAUUUAUAUUUUUAACAGUAUUCUAAAAGUUUACAUUAUUUACAUUAUACAUAGAAGGGAGUAAAGCACAACCUGUGUAAACAUUUACUGCCUAUGACAGAAAAACACAAUCAUUUUCUUCUAUAAUAAUAAAUGGAGCUUCAUCCAAAAUUGUGUA